CCGCCACUACCACAUCCGGCGCAAUCGCAAGGAACGACAGUAUCAGUUUACAGAGCAAUUUCCAUUAAUCGUUGGAGAUUGAGAUUCCAUCCAACACCAGAAGUUCGUCAGUGUCAAAGUUGGAAACCAUGGCUUCCAUGUCUUUUUCUGCCAAUUUCACUUCACCUCUGCACACUAAAAACUCUUCUUCUUCCUCUUGGCCUCCUAUGUCCUCCUCGUUCCCGUUCAUCAAAUCCCCUCUUGGGGCAUCUAAAUCGGCUUUUAUGCAACAUGGUUUCUCUUUUCAGACCCCGAAACUAUCCGGUUUUCUCUCCAAAUCUCGUGCUUCGGGUGUUUGUGCGAGAGCCGCGACUGAGAAGACUAUACACGAUUUCACUGUAAAGGAUAUUGAUGCGAAAGAUGUCCCUCUUAGCAAAUAUAAGGGAAAGGUUCUCUUGAUUGUCAAUGUUGCAUCAAAAUGUGGUUUGACAACAACAAAUUACUCAGAACUCUCCCACAUUUACGAGAAGUACAAGACUCAAGGAUUUGAAAUUCUAGCGUUUCCUUGCAAUCAAUUUGGAGGACAAGAGCCUGGGUCAAAUCCAGAGAUUAAACAAUUUGCUUGUACCAGGUUCAAGGCUGAAUUCCCCAUUUUUGAUAAGGUUGAUGUGAAUGGACCUACUACAGCUCCAAUAUACCAAUUUCUGAAGUCAAAUGCUGGAGGAUUUUUGGGUGAUUUGAUCAAGUGGAAUUUUGAAAAAUUCUUAGUGGACAAAAAUGGUAAAGUUAUCGAGCGAUAUCCACCAACAACGUCACCUUUCCAAAUCGAGAAGGACGUUCAGAAGCUCCUUGCAGCGUGAACAUUGAGAUGCGCAACCCUGCAACGACAAUGUUAAUGCAAGAAAAAUAGAUCGAUAUGUCAAUAGGUGCAUCAGCCUUAACAAAUAUUACACUCUCUCUUUAGUUUUCUGUUUGUGAAAGCGGUCCUUUCUGGGCCAAAUGUGUGAUCUUAAGAUACAAUUUCAUCUUCUUCUUUUCUUUUACUUUUCCUGUACCUGUACCUCACAUUUGCAUAGCAAGUCUCAUUGUUGAAGGAAUGUU